CGCUUGUUUAUCGCCGGUUGGCCCUGACCGUGAAUCUUCGCUUUUGUGACCGUCUGCUCGCCCGUCCGAACACGCAAUCACCGAGGCGCAACGAAAUCCUAUCUCACAUCGGGGGGAAAGAUCUACACAGGACGCAUCGCAGGGUAUGAUUUCGCGCGAGUCAAUUGAAGUCUGCAGGCUUCUACUCAAGACCCUUUCAACGAGUCGAGUCUGAUGAAUCAUUUUAUCCAGAGAUACUCCUCCCUAGAUGGUUUCAGGUCGGCAAUGACGUGGUUCGAUCGGCGCAGUGAGACAUAUGGGCGGGAUAUAAGGCGGGAAGGGCGGUGAGACCAGCACCUCCUGGCAUCUUGCUUCCAACCACCACAACACAACUUCAUAUCUUAUGCAACGAGCUCUAUUGCCUGCCCUAUACAAACGCACCUCAUUCGACACUCAUCCAUCAUGACAUCCACCCACUCAUCCCACCCCGCCCCGCUCCCAUACACCCGACUCCCUGACUUGACAGGGUCCACCGUCGAGAACGGCAAGCUCAAGCUCGUCGAGCUUCUCGGCCACGGCUCAUUUGCCAAGGUCUACAAGGCUCUGGACACCCAAUCGACUGCAUCAUCCGGGGCACCCAUCCACUACGCCGUCAAGUGUCUCUUGCACGGCGAGCCCGGAUCGCAGGAGCACCACAACCUCCAGAACGAGCUCAAGAACCACACACAGGUCUCUGGCCUGCCGGGCGUCGUGGCCCUGCACCGCGCCUUCGUCGAGGGCGAGCACGUCUUUGUCGUGAUGGAGCUCUGCGACACGGACCUGAACCGCUUCGUCAUCGAGCACAAGGACUGCGACGAGCAGUGCGACGUUGCGAAGCGGGUGUUCUUGGACGUGCUUGAUGCCGUCGAGACCUGCCACGCCGAGGGUGUGUUCCACCGGGACCUUAAGCCCGGGAACAUCCUGUGUGACGCCAACGGCAAGAACAUCCGAAUCGCCGACUUUGGUGUUGCGACUCGGUCUGAAGAGUCGAAACAGUUCGGCGUUGGGACUGCUGUGUUUGCGAGUCCUGAAAACAUGGACAAGACCCGAGACACAUACUCCCCUCGCGGGACGGACUGCUGGUCGCUGGGUGUGAUCCUGAUCGCCCUGAUGACGAGCAGCCUUCUUUGGAAGGCACCCGUGGAGUCCGACGACACGUACUGCGCGUACCGCGCCGACCCCACGCACUUCUUCCGCGGGACGCUCGACCUGAGCCCUUCAUUCAGCUCGCUCGCGAACCGGAUCUUCGAUCCCAAUCCGGCGCGCCGGCCGAGCAUUCCAGAACUGCGCACGGAGGUCGAGGCGAUGGAAACGUUCGUCGUGCCUCCGCCCGUAGAUAUAGUUGCUCUGGCUCUGCAGAACCCACUGCACAAGCCGAAGAAGAUCAAGCGCCGGGCGACGCCGCCUCCGGUGGAUAGCAAUGCGACCACGCCUCUGCGCUCGCUGUGCAUCGCGUCGUUGACGAAAAAGCUGAGGAGGCUUGUGCGUCGUCGGUCGUCGCUGUAGUUUAUUUCCUAUCUCUGUUAUCCGUUCCGUAGAAAUAACCUUGCGAAUCCCGAUGAUUUCACUCAGUCAUGAGUGAUGAUGACAUAA